AAUGACAACAGAUAUCUGAAGCUACAAUCCUUUAGGAAUAAACUGAAUAAGGUUAGUGCUCUUUGUGCAGAACCUCGUGACUACAGUUUGCGAAAAUUUCCAGUCAGGCAGAACCCAAGUGUUAGCGAUUUUUCCGGCAGUCAGACUCUUGGAUUGAAAUGGUGUGCAUCCAAAAUUUGGUUGUUGCGUAUGCCAUUCGUCCGAGGACGAGCCAAAUCUUGUUAUAAUCACCAUCAGUUACCAUCUCAAUUAGCCGUAGUGCUGUUGUUGCAGACUAUUGAAGCUAGUACAUCAAAACAAUCGUGUAAAGAUAUCGGAAAUGAAGUUGAUGAUAACAACGAUUUUGAAAAAAAGCAA